GUAGGUACGGCUGCGCAAUCGAAAAAGCGAUCUGUUGUCGCCAGCCAGGAAGAUCGUUUGUGAAGGAGAAAAAGAAAAAAGGGAGAAGACACUGCCGCCAUGCGAACGGAGGUCGAAGGGCCCAUCUCUGCUUCCGCGCGGCGCGCCAAAAUUCCAACGUAGCGAGCAGAUCAGACGGCAACGAUCGAGUCUGCUGCCUGCCGUCGCUGCGAUGGACGCCGAUAAGCAUCCCAAGCCCGCUGCGGAGGUCACGGAGAGGAGCAAAAAGAAAUGCAGGAUGAAUAAGGAGGAUGAAGCCGAAGGGGAAGAGAUCGUCAUCGACGAAGGAUUAUACUGAAUAUGGGAAACGAGAGGCUGUUAGACAAUUGCAGCUUAUAAAAGCAUUAUAUACCAUGGAUUUUAUACAUUUUGGCAUGCCUUUGGACGAAAUUAUUGAAAAGUUGAAGGAACAUAAAGUGAUCUCAACAAGUAAUGUGGGACUUGAAGGGUCUGUAAAUCAAAGGUUCUCCAGGUUGCUGUGCGUGAGGCAGCGUGAAGCGUAUUACCGCCUUCUGGAAAAACUAGUUAGUUUUUCUCCAUAUAUUCAGUGGGAUGAUGAAUGCGAUGAGAAACUGGAAUGGCUUAAUGAGAACGGUCAUCUUCCUUCUCUCUGUGGUGAUGAGUUUUGUGAUAUACUGUGUUUCAUGGAGCGGAGGUUCCAUCCCCUCAUACGUGAGGGCCACAAGGAUGUCUUAUUAGCUGUAAUCAAACGAAGAUCUAUAGGAGCACGGCGGGAGGUGGAACAGGGAUUUGAGCGUUAUGGCUGUCUACUCACUACUCAUAGCGAUUUUAUUGAAAACUAUAUUGAGGAACGCAAGCACGCUUCGAAGCGGUUGGAGUGUCUACAAUCUAUACACUUAGGGGGUUUUGGUUUAACAUGGAAAAUGGAACCAGAAGACGAAUCACGACGAAGACAAAAGGAAUAUCUAAUUGAUGGGGAACUCGUCGUCGGAACCGUAUUCGAAAUAUUUGGUUGGACAAUGGACCGGUACUAGAAGAGUCUGAAUCAAAUGCUGAAUUGAAUCUGAGUCUGAUUAAGAUUCAGUGGGUUAAUUUUGGAAGUCUUAUUAGAUUAAGAUUUUCAGUUUAUUUGGGAGUUUUAGAUUAGUUCUAUGUAUACGUGCAUACAAACAUACAUUGAACAUCUAUUUGUACAUACAAAAUGCAAAUGUAUUGGUUUCUGUAUGAUUGGUUUGUUAAUUUAUCAACCCUAUGGAAAAUCUUUUUUUUUUUUUUGGGGCUUUUUUUGCAAAUAGCCUCCUGAAAAAUUUUAUUUGCGCAAAUAGUCCCGUCUAAAAAUUAUUUGCAAAAAUGGCCCUGGCCUGCCACGCCAGCGCCAUGUCAGCGCCACGCGGGCAGGGCCUGGGCCAGGUGGCUAAGUUGAACACGACAAUUGGUU